AUGGAUUAUAAUAAUUACAACGAUUAACAACAACAGCAUUAAAUGCUUGAAUAUUAGUAAGAAGAAGCAUAGAUAAUAUACAAUCUAUAUCAAGACUUAUAAAACUUAAUUAAUUUAUUAUAUUAAAGGAAAGCUGUAGUUGAUCAUUUUUAGAAUGAUCCUAUUGAUCCAAUGGUUAUUGUAAGUAAUAACAGAAUAAUUUAAUAAUUAAACAUAUCAAGUAGAAUUCAUUAAAAUUUGUAGUAAUAAUAAUUUAAAAAUUAAAUUUACUUAUACAUUAAUUUAAAAAAAGAAAUGAUGAAUGCAAUAUGGACACUAAAAAAUGUAUCUUUUAUAUUUGAGAGUCAAGUUGAAACUAAAAAUUAAAAAAAAAAUAAUAUAGAUGAUCCAAUAAAAGUUUAUUUUAAUUAGUAUAUAUUUAGCUAUUAUUUGGGAUAAUUUAUAUAUAAUCAUUUUGAAUUAUAGAAGACUAAUUUUUAAGUUUAAUCUUAUGAGUAAUUUUUAACAUCAAUACUAACUAUUGAUCCUUAAAUAAAUAGCGUAAGACAUCGCGACUAUUAGAAACCAACACACAAAUAAUUGAUAUAAAGAGCAGAGUAAUUAUAUAUUUUAUUUUUAGAGAAUGUUAUGAUAAGACUAAAGAAAAGUUGAAUUAAAUUUAUCCAUUAAAGAAUUAAACAUAGUUCAAAAAAAAAAUAUAACAAAAAAAUCUUCAGGAAUAGAAAGCUCAUUCUGAAAUUAUUGAAAAAUUAUAAUCCACAAAUAAUUAAAUCAACCUAAUAAAAUCAGAUACAUUUAGUGAGGAGGAGAGAUUUUAUUUAUUUUUCAAUUGUUUAGGAUAUUUUGAUAGAUUUAUCAAUCAAACAAAAUUUGGUUUAGAAUUAGAAGAAUUAUAGAUUAAAGCUAUACAGAUCUUUUAAAGUGAUAAUAUUUUAUCUUCUAUUGAAAGAGAGUUUGCAUUAAAAGUAUUAGAAUUCAAAGGUUUUUUUUAAAAUCAAAUAACUUUACAUUAUUAUUUUGAAUUGUUUAUUGAUUUUCAGAAGUAUAUUAAAUUUUAGAAAGACUAGACAAUUUAAAUCAUUAAAAAUUUUAUCACUGAUAAUAAGAAUAAAGGAACACUUGAUUCUCGUUUUUUUAAAUAUUUACUUCAUCAAAAAGUUCUGAUAGAACAAUAUUUGACUUAAUAUUAUUAGAUAUAAGAUAUUCAAAACAGGUCUAAUAAUGAAGAAUCUGAUGAUCAGAUAGAUUUGUUAGAAACAAAUCCAAAAAUUUCAAAAGUAGAUUAUGUUAAGCAAAUGUUUAAGGGCUUUUGUAGUUUUUAUCAAAUUUAAAAGAAUUGA